UUGGUGGCUGGCGCUGCUCCCAGCAGCCGGGCAGGGGAGCUCUGUGGCGCGUCUCAUCCCUGCUGGCACGUAGAGCGGAGCGGAGCGGGUCGGGCGAGGACGGGGGCGGAUUCACACACACAGACACACGCAGCAGCAGCGGUCUGUGCAGUUUCAAGCGCUCUGUCCAUCUCGGGCGCACAUCUCCAUCUCCUCCCCCCCCUGCUCCUCCAGGGCUGCUCUGGCGGUGCCUCCCCCUCUCCAAGCCUCCAUCUGCGGCUGGGGCUGCCCCGCUCCUCCCCAGCGCGCGUUGCUGGGCUCCGGAGCGCAGCCCGGGUCGGGCAGAGCGCGGCUGCCACAGCUCCGGAGCUGGGAGCGCGGAGAGCCCCGGCCCGCCAGCGCGCACCCAUGCGCUAAGGGAGCGGAGCGCACAGCAGCCGCAGCGGGGAGGCAGGCGACGGUACCGGCUGCGGAGGAGGAUGCGGGGCUCGGGCGUCCGGGCAAGGGCAGCGGGGCUCGGCUGCAGCGGCGGCGGCGGCUCCCCAGCUCCCUUCUGGACCUGCCUCCUGCUGUGCGGGGCGCUGCGGAGCCUGCUGGCCAGCCCCAGCAACGAAGUGAAUUUACUGGACUCACGCACGGUCAUGGGGGAUCUGGGAUGGAUAGCCUACCCGAAAAAUGGGUGGGAAGAAAUUGGUGAGGUGGAUGAAAAUUAUGCUCCAAUACACACAUAUCAAGUGUGCAAAGUAAUGGAACAGAAUCAGAACAACUGGCUUCUGACUAGCUGGAUCUCCAAUGAAGGAGCCUCCCGCAUCUUUAUUGAACUCAAGUUCACUCUGAGGGACUGUAACAGUCUUCCAGGAGGACUCGGGACUUGCAAAGAGACUUUCAAUGUGUAUUACUUUGAAUCGGAUGACGAAGACGGGAGGAACAUCAAAGAAAACCAGUACAUCAAGAUCGACACCAUUGCCGCAGAUGAGAGCUUCACAGAGCUUGACCUUGGAGACCGAGUCAUGAAGCUGAACACUGAGGUCAGAGAUGUUGGGCCUCUGACCAAAAAGGGAUUUUACUUGGCUUUCCAGGAUGUAGGUGCCUGCAUCGCCCUGGUGUCCGUGCGAGUGUAUUACAAAAAGUGCCCUUCCGUUAUCCGUAACCUGGCCCUCUUUCCCGACACCAUCACUGGGGCAGAUUCCUCCCAGCUGCUGGAAGUGUCUGGCUCGUGUGUGAACCACUCUGUGACCGAUGAGCCUCCAAAGAUGCACUGCAGUGCCGAAGGGGAAUGGCUGGUGCCCAUUGGAAAAUGCAUGUGUAAGGCAGGGUACGAAGAGAAGAACAGCACCUGUCAAGUCUGCAGACCUGGAUUCUUCAAGGCCUCUCCCCAGAGCCCAUCCUGCAGUAAAUGCCCCCCUCACAGCUACACGCACGAGGAAGCAUCCACCUCCUGUCUGUGUGAAGAACGCUAUUUCAGAAGGGAGUCGGACCCACCCACCAUGGCCUGUACAAGACCCCCCUCAGCUCCUCGGAAUGCCAUCUCAAAUGUUAACGAGACUAGUGUCUUCCUGGAAUGGAUUCCCCCGGCUGACACUGGUGGAAGGAAAGAUGUGUCUUAUUAUAUUGCAUGCAAGAAGUGCGGCUCCCCCUCGGGGCUGUGUGAGGCGUGUGGCAGUCAUGUCAGGUACCUCCCCCAGCAAAUCGGCCUGAAAAACACCUCUGUCAUGAUGGUGGACCUGCUUGCUCACACAAACUAUACCUUUGAAAUUGAGGCAGUGAACGGAGUGUCCGACCAGAGCCCUGCAGCGCGGCAGUAUGUAGCUGUAAAUGUAACCACAAAUCAGGCAGCACCUUCUCCAAUCAGUAUUGUGAAAAAAGGCAAGAUAGCUAAAAAUAGCAUCUCCCUUUCCUGGCAGGAGCCGGAUCGACCCAACGGCAUCAUCCUGGAGUAUGAAAUCAAAUAUUUUGAAAAGGAUCAAGAGACCAGCUACACCAUUAUCAAAUCGAAAGAGACGAAAAUCACGGUGAAUGGCUUGAAACCAGCGUCGACAUAUAUCUUCCAAAUCCGAGCACGCACGGCAGCAGGAUAUGGUGGCUUCAGUCGAAGAUUUGAGUUUGAAACCAGUCCAGUGUCAGUAGCUGCAUCCAGUGAUCAGAGCCAGAUUCCUAUAAUUGCUGUGUCAGUAACAGUGGGAGUUAUCCUGUUGGCGGUUGUGAUUGGUUUCCUUCUCAGUGGAAGUUGCUGCGAUCAUGGCUGUGGGUGGGCUUCUUCCCUGCGUGCUGUUGCGUAUCCAAGCCUAAUAUGGCGAUGUGGAUACAGCAAAGCUAAACAAGAUCCAGAAGAAGAAAAGAUGCAUUUUCAUAAUGGCCAUAUUAAAUUGCCCGGAUUAAGGACUUACAUUGACCCACAUACCUAUGAAGACCCCAAUCAAGCCGUCCAUGAAUUUGCCAAGGAAAUUGAAGCUUCAUGUAUAACAAUUGAAAGAGUUAUCGGAGCCGGGGAAUUUGGAGAAGUUUGUAGUGGGCGUCUGAAACUGCCUGGAAAACGUGAGUUUCCAGUAGCCAUAAAAACCCUCAAAGUAGGCUACACUGAAAAGCAAAGACGAGAUUUCCUGGGGGAAGCAAGCAUCAUGGGACAGUUCGACCAUCCCAAUAUCAUUCACUUGGAAGGGGUUGUCACAAAAAGUAAGCCAGUAAUGAUAGUGACAGAGUACAUGGAGAAUGGCUCUCUCGACACAUUUUUAAAGAAGAACGAUGGGCAGUUCACUGUCAUUCAGCUGGUUGGGAUGCUGAGAGGCAUUGCGUCAGGCAUGAAGUACCUGUCAGACAUGGGUUACGUACAUAGAGACCUUGCUGCCAGAAACAUCCUCAUCAACAGCAAUUUAGUGUGCAAAGUGUCUGACUUCGGGCUCUCCAGAGUCCUAGAAGAUGACCCUGAAGCAGCGUACACAACAAGGGGAGGGAAGAUCCCGAUCAGAUGGACAGCCCCAGAAGCCAUCGCCUUCCGCAAAUUCACCUCGGCUAGCGACGUCUGGAGCUAUGGGAUAGUGAUGUGGGAAGUAGUGUCUUAUGGAGAGAGACCCUACUGGGAGAUGACCAAUCAAGAUGUGAUAAAAGCUGUGGAGGAGGGCUACCGUUUGCCAAGUCCCAUGGACUGCCCGGCUGCUCUUUACCAGCUAAUGCUCGACUGCUGGCAGAAAGAUCGGAACAGCAGGCCCAAGUUUGACGAAAUUGUCAGCAUGUUGGACAAGCUCAUCCGUAACCCGAGCAGCUUGAAGACACUGGUUAAUGCGUCGAGCAGAGUGUCAAAUUUAUUAGUAGAGCAUAGCCCCUUGGGAAGUGGCGCCUACAGAUCCGUAGGUGAAUGGCUGGAAGCCAUCAAAAUGGGACGGUACACGGAGAUCUUCAUGGAAAACGGAUACAGUUCAAUGGAUGCCGUGGCUCAGGUGACCUUGGAGGAUGAAUCACCUUGUGAAAGGUGGAGCCUCACCCACCAGCCCUUGUUUCCGAAUGGAUAUCAGACUUGAAAGAAACUGUAUGGAUUGGAGAAGGCCUGCUCUUUAAACUUGUGGACCAGCUAGUGACUUUGAGUGUGUCUGGAGCUCUUUCAUUACACAACAAGAAUAACCUGACCAGGACAACACUCAAGAAUAGAUAGACCAUGACUUGACUCUCAAUCUGGCACUUGAUCGGACCUAUUACUAAUGAAAUGUGGACUACUAUCCCAUAUUUUUUGAAAAAAUCUGUAUUUACUGAAUCUCAGGACACCUGAGGGGUUAUUAAUUGAACAGCUAUGAAUAUUUGUAAUGAUAUGUGUUGUGUUGCUUUGCAUUGUAAUUUUUCUUAUACAAUAAAAUUAAUUAUUCAUUUUUUUAAAAAAUAAUUUGAAUGACAAAUAUUCAAGGAUUCACCUGCUCUUGCUGCUAGUUCUUACCCUAAAACCCCAAUCCUCAGUUUGUGACAUCACGGUUAUUUCCAGAGGAACCAGCUCUGACCUUGUGAUGAUGCAGGGAGGGAAUAAUGAACAAGAGCAGAUGAACUCUUAAAAAAACAAAGAUGCUUAUUUCAUUCACAAGUCUCUAGUAAGUGGGUGCCUAAUUCCCUUAGAUCCUCUGAAAAUCGCAGCCUAAGGAACCGAUCCAUACACUCUCACUCAAGUUAUGUGGUACCUGGAGCAGUCUCAUUGAUUCCAUAGGACUAAGGUACCACACAACCUGAGUAAGAAUGGCAGAAUCUGGCCCUGAAAUUGGAAAUGGAAAACAGCUGAUCUGUGCAGCCAGGUUGUGAGAUGCUGGGUGCUGAACAUUUCUGGAAAUCUGCCUUCUUUACUUAGUUGCUUAAAUGGAAGCUUAGCCCUUUUGCCUUGAAUUUGAAAAUCUGGUCCAUGGUGUAUAAGCAGAACUGUCGCUGAAUAAAGUGUUUUAAAGAUUUUUCUUGCCCAAUCUUUAAGGAUAAGAAUUCGGUUAAUGGAAGUAUAAGCUAUAGCACAGUGAAAGAGACCACCGCAUUGUCCCGAACUAUGUUUGGAGCUGAGCUUUCAGGACAGUGUCUAUUCCUGAAGCACAUGCCAUCUGUGGUGGUGUAAGGAAGGAGCUCCAUGGAAAGAGCUAAGGACAAAACAGAAAUUUUUGCUCUGAUUUCGUUGGCUUUGGUCUGUUGAUGUCAGAUCAUUAACACAGCUGUAGCACACAGCUUUGAACUCAUGUUUAUUUUCAUUUUCAACUAUAGACCAAAGAAAGGAAACGAAGAAGGAGAGAACUCCUAACGGUGUAGACAUGGCAGCUGCAUUGAUACUUCGGGGCACCUAUUUUAACAAAUGGAGGCUCAAUGCCUUUGCGCUUGCACAGAUUCUUAGAUUCAUAGAUUCUAGGACUGGAAGGGACCUCGAAAGGUCAUUGAGUCCAAUCCCCUCCCUCAAGGCAGGACCAAACACUGUCUCGACCAUCCCGGAUAGACAUUUAUCUAACCUACUCUUAAAUAUCUCCAGAGAUGGAGAUUCCGCAACCUCCCUAGGCAAUUUAUUCCAGUGUUUAACUACCCUGACAGUUAGGAACUUUUUCCUAAUGUUCAGCCUAAACCUCCUUUGCUGCACCCUCAAUCCCCAGGAUCCUGUGUGCCAUUCCUGCACACAAGUGAAUAACUUGAUUUGAAAUGGUUAGGCAGCCAUUUUUACACAUUCAAUUGCCUGAUGCCUGUGCCCAGUGGUGGGCGCCUGGGUGAGCAGGGGAGAAGAUGAAGUAUGUUUUAAAGAUUUGGGGAAAUAUUUUCAAAAAAUGACUCAGUUCCAUUUUCAAAAGUGACUUAGAUCCUUAGGAACUCAGAAGAGCCUAACUCAUUUAUGAAAAUGGGACUUUUAGGGUAUGUCUACACUGCAAUAAAAAACCUGCAGCACCGUGUCUCAGAACCCAGGUCAAUUGACUCAAACUCAUGGGGCUUGGGCUGCAGGGCUAAAAAUUGCCAUCUAGAUGUUUACACUCAGACUGGAGCCCAGGCGCAAGUCCCUGUCCCCCACAGGGUUUCAGAUCCUAGUCUUCAGCCUGAGCCUGAAUAUCUACACUGCAAUUUUUUAACCCCCAAGCCAGCUGACCCAGGCCAGCCUCAGCUGUGCCACAGAUCUUGUAUCACACUGCAGAGAUACCUCUAGGCUUCUUAGGCCUUGUCUAUACUUUAAAUGCCGCAGCAGUGCCAUUGCAACUACGCCACUGUAGUGCUCCAGUGUCGACAAUACCUGUGCCAAUGGGAGGGGUUCUCCCAUCAGCGUAGGUAGUCCACCUCCCUGAGAGAUGGUAGCUAAGUCAAUGGAAGAAUUCUUCUGUCAACCCAGGGUUGUCUACACUGGAGGUUAUGUCGAUAUAGAUACGUCUCACAGGGGUGUGGAUUUUUCACGUUCCUGAGAGAUGUAACUAUGGUGAUGGAAGUUCAUAGUGUAGACCAACCCUUAGGUGCUUUUGAGAACGUCGCCACUUGCCUUGUAAUGUACAAGGCAACAUUAAAUAAGUCACGGAUGUUCUUCGAGUGAUGGUCCCUAUUGUAUUCCACUGAGGGUUUACGCAUGUACAGCAUGAGUCCAGAGCUAGAGAAUUUGUAAGUAGUCGUGUCUGUUGGUUUGCACAUGAGCCCUUGCUUCACCUCGUUGUUUCAUCUGAGGUAAUAAAGAGAGGAGUGGACCGACUGCAUUUCCAGUUCCUUCUCAUUGAUGCAUGGCCCAAGUCGGAGCUGCUAGUGUCCUCUUAUCUCUGACAAACCCAGUUUGUAGUUAGUUUUCUAGUUUUUGCUGUUUUUAAAAUAAUUUAGUUUUUAGUAGCAGUUUUAGUAGAAGGGAGGUCAUUGAGGAAUUUGUUUACUAGUUCCCCCUGGGGUCAGAGUUUCUUUUCUCUCCCCAUCCCUCCCCCCCAAUUCCUUCCUGGUGUAAGCAGUAAUGGAAUGGUGCAGACAGCAACAGCCACGCUCCACCCCAUCGGAUAAGGAGGGCAAAUGCUUAAACUUUCUGGGACGGAAAGUCUUCCCUCUAGACUUCAACUUUGAAUUUCAAACUACCAGGCCUUGCUGGCUAAAUAUGACUUCCUCAACUACAGACAGUUGGAGGACUUUACUGAAAAGCUGCCUCACCAGGUCAAAUGUGUUUCCAGUCUAUCCUGGAGGAGGGAAAACUGGUGGCAAACCACUGCAGUUGGCUGUAGAUGAUUCGGAUACCUAGUUGUGCUCUGUAGCCAUGGGCAUUGUCAUGCAGAAGGAAACCUGGCUGCCCUCAUCCCGUUUCCCCAUAGAGGUACAAAAUACCAUUGAGGAUCUUCCUUUCAAUCAUAGAAUAUCAGGGUUGGAAGGGACCUCAGGAGGUCAUCUAGUCCAACCCCCUGCUCAAAGCAGGACCAACCCCAACUAAAUCAUCCCAGCUAGGGCUUUGUCAAGCCUGACCUUAAAAACCUCUAAGGAAGGAGAUUCCAGCACCUCCCUAGGGAACCCAUUCCAGUGCUUCACCACCCUCCUAGUGAAAAAGUUUUUCCUAAUAUCCAACCUAAAUCUCCCCCACUGCAACUUGAGACCAUUACUCCUUGUUCUGACAUCUGCUACCACUGAGAACAGUCUAGAUCCAUCCUCUUUGGAACCCCACUUCAGGUAGUUGAAAGCAGCCAUCAAAUCCCCCCUCAUUCUUCUCUUCUGCAGACUAAACAAUCCCAGUUCCCUCAGCAUCUCCUCAUAAGUCAUGUGCUCCAGCCCCCUAAUCAUUUUUGUUGCCCUCUGCUGGACUCUUUCCAAUUUUUCCACAUCCUUCUUGUAGUAUGGAGCCCUAAACUGGACAUGAGUCGCACCAAUUUAAUCUGAAGACCCAUGAUUCCCUCCACUCCCUCAAGGAUUUCAGAGCCACACUUCAAUUGCUGGGUAUCCAUACAUCUGCAUUCAAGCAGAAAUUCUACCACAUGCCACAUACUCAGUGGAUCAGGACUCCCCAGUUCUUCCAUCAAAGACCAUACUCAUCUCCUCAUAAAAGCCAAAAGACCCAACAAUCCCUGUCUCCAGACUCCCCUUCACAGUCUUCAUCAUCUCAUGUUAAAUCCUCUGAGAAACGAUAUUUCUGAAAGCUGCUAGAAAGCCAUCAACCACCAUGCAACAAACGCAUGGAACAAACACUGUCAUGCAACAAACCCAUCCCCUUUGGUGGUCACCUUGCUCUCUUUUUACCAGCUUCAGGAGCAAUAACAAUGGACAAGUGGGUCCUGGAUAUCAUCCGCUAUGGCUAAACAAUCAACUUCACCAUGCUACCUCAUCCACAUCCUCUACCCCAAUCCCUUUUCAGGGACCACUCUCACGGCAGCAUCUUUGCUCUAGAAGUAGGUUCCUUACUACAAACGGGAGCAAUAGAGUGUGUUCCUCCAGCUAUCAGGGAACAGAUUCUAUUCGACUUACUUCCUGGUACCCAAGAAGAAGGGCAGGUGGAGACCAAUCCUGGAUCUACCAUCACCUCAGCCGCUUCAUCCACAACCCCAACUUUCAUAUAGUCACUUUAGAGGCCAUCAUACCAUCACUAGAAAAAAGGCAUAUGGUUUAUGACUUUCAGUAAGUGGGCCACCUCUUUUCAUAUAGACAUACAUCCACCACACAAAAGAUUCCUGAGGUUCAUCUUGGGUCCUUAGCAUUUUCAGGGUCCGUUUGGACUCACUACUACUCACUGGGUCUUCAACAAAGUUUUCUCUGUAGUGGCAGUUCAUCUCAGGCACUCCAGGGUAUUUAUUUUUUUUCCUAUCUCAACGACUGGUUACUAGCAGCAUGAUCCAGACGAAACUUGAAUCUAGACCUCCAGGUUGCUCAGAUUCCUUUCUUUCCUGGGAGCCAAAUGUCAAGAAAUCAACUUUUGAUUCCCACACAGUCCUUGGACUUCAUAGGAGCCUCCAUCAAUUCAGUCACAGCCUGAGCUUAUCUAUCAAGGGACAGAUUCCAGAUGCUGCAGGAACUCAUUGACCAAGUAGUCAACAGUCUGUCCCAGUCAGGACUUGCUAAUCCCUCCUUGACCACAUAACAGCCUGCACAUACCUCACUGCCUUCGCUCACCUCCAACUUCACUUCUUACGGAUGUGGCUUGAACAUGUUUACUCACCUACGUGAUGUGCCAUGGACCUUAUGCUGUCAGUCACUCCAUGAAGUGCUAUCUUCCUUCCAGUAAGGGACCCCGGAAGGUCUGCAUAGGAAUCCCCUUCCUCUCAUCCUCCCAGGACAGGACGAUCCUCAUGGAUACACCCCUCAAAGGAUCAGGAGCACACAUAGGGGACCACAUGAUGCAAGGGACAUGGACCCCUCAGGAUUCCAGGAUGUGCAUCAACAUUCUGGAACUCUGGGUGGUCUGAACAUGUCAAGCAUUUCUCCCAUCCAUUUGCUUCUAUCAUGUUUUUAGGAAGUUGGACAACACCACUACCAUUUAUUACAUCAACAAACAAAUUGGCACAAAGUUGACUACUCUGUGUGCGGAAGCAGUCAAUCUCUGGGAUUGGUGCAUUGCCCAUAAGAUCCUGUUGUCAGCAACCUAUUUUUCAGGGACUCAGAAUGUGAUUGCAGUCUCUCUCAGCGGAAGAUUUGUCACCAAACAGGAGCUUCAUGACUCCAGGCUAAAUGACCUCUUCAGCUAAUGGGGGUCUCCAACCAAAGACCUCUUUGCCUACCAUGUCAACAACAAAUGCAGUACAUACUGCUAAAGGCAGGGUGUCAGCAUCCAUUCUCAGGGUGAUGCCUUCAUCCUCCAUUGGUCGGACCAGACCAGCUAUGCCUUCCCCCCUCUUCUACUGCUCCCACAAGUCCUCCACAAGAACAGGUGGCAGAGAGCCACAGUUCUUCUCAUCACCCCAUUUUGGCCACUCCAGUUUUGGUUUCCCAACCUUCUCCACAUGUCGGCACAUCCCCCACUUCCCCUACCUGCUUUCCAGGAGCUGGUCAUGCAGCACAAAGGCAAGAUUAGACAUCCCAAUGCACAGAUGUUUCACCUCAGAGCUUGGUGUUUGGAAGGGCAUCUUCUCUAGAAUGGGAGUAUUCAUCAGCAGUGCAAGACAUCCUUUCGAGCUGCAGGAAAGAGACGAGUCAAGAAUCCCAAUUGGGCCAAGUGGAAACACAUCACUUCCUGGGCCCAGCAGAAAGGGCUUUCCCUCGGGGAAGUGGACAUUCCUGUUCUUUUGGACUACCUCCUGUCCUGGAAGACAUCAGGGCUCUACAUCAAUUCUCUCAAGUGCCACAUAACAGCCAUCAGUGCCUUCCACUCUCCCAUGAAAGGACACUCCAUAUUUACACAACUGUUGACUACCAUGUUUUGAAAAGGUCUCCACAGGACUUUCCCACCCAAACCACCUAUCACUCCCCAGUGGAACCUCAACCUCAUUCUAUCAGCAUUAAUGAAACUGCCCAUAGAGCUUCUGGCUUCAUGCUCUAUGUACCUCCUUUCC